AUGGAUACCCACUCACCCUUCGGCUCAACAACCAACUCCUCCCACAACUCCUCCCACAACAACAGCACAUCCAACCUUCAUGGCACGAACCUCCUCGGCACCAUCCUCCACCACAACCCCUCAACCACAACCACAACCACAACCACCAGCAGUAGCACCACCAACGUCGGCUUCACCCCCGAAAUGCGCGACAAGCAAGCCAGAGGAAAAGAUCCUUAUGCUGAGCGGUCGGAUGAGGAAAGUGAUUUUGAGGGUGGUGGUAUCGAAAACAGGUUGGGAUUGGGCGGGUCGGGGUCGGGGUCGGGGUUUGCAGGGAGGAAUGGAGGAGGAGGAGGUGUAGGUGUAGGUUCUGGGAGGGGAAUGGGGAUGGGGAUGGGAAGGGGCAUGGGGAUGGGGAUGACUGGGAUGACAGGGAGAGGUGGUGCUGGUGGUGCUGGUGGGGUGGGUGGUGGAUUGUCGUGGGGUGAGAGGAAUAAUGUGAGGAGGAAAGUCGAAAUCUCCGGCAACGCCAAAGCUUUCUCCAGCAUGUCCGCCUCCAAUCACCACGUCGAUUACGACGUCCUCGAGAAGCGUCGCAUAGCCUCCAUGUUUCUCAAUGACCCCGAGUUGUUGGUUACCCAUGCUGAGUCUAGUGGCAUGACCAUCGCGGGCUCUCGCCACCACUUUAUGUUCAUGCUUUGCGGCUACGACAACGGGCCGCGGAAGAGAACGACCCAGGCCUCGUCAUCUGUAAGCAGUGGUUCAUCGUCGCUCCUGUACCAUGGUGCUCAUCAGUCUGGGUCGGGGUAUAACAAUUCCAGAGUAUAA